AUGGACGUCGACCAGUUUGGCGGCCGCACCGAUGACGACCUCUUCUCGGACGACUUUGAGCCUGCGACUGCUGGGGAGGUUGCUCCCCAACAAGUCCCGGCUGCCCAACAAGCCCCGGCUGCCCAGCCAGCUCAGCCAAUCCAGGCUGCACCCCAAGCAACCAAGUUUCUAGCACAGUCUCGACACAAACGUCCCGAUAGACCCCCGAGAUCCUCCGCGUCCGACAAAGCGAAGCCCAAGGCCACCGCUAAUGCCAACGUGUCCGCACCACAGCCUCCAGCGACAACAUCACCCGUAACCACGAACGAACCUGCUCCAGCAAACAGAGACAAAGACAAGGAUAGCGGCGGCAAGAAUACCGCCAGUGCCACAUCAGACGCGCGGCUAGGCUCCGGCGCGAACCCUCGCACUAAGCUCACGGAGACGGAGCUAGCUGCUAAGAUGGAGCAGAUGCGAAUCUUGUCGGCCGAGAAGACUCGACGCUUCGAGCUGACGCAGCGCGACGAGAGCGAGCACGCUGUGGCUCUAGCCAAGGGCAUGGAGGAGGCAAGACGACGCCGUGCCGAGGAGGCUCAGAAGCGUCGCCUUGCCGACGAGGAUAAGCGCCGCAUGGAAAAUGAAAGAGCCAAGAACCGCGAGCGCAAGCUCCAUGCUAUGGGCAUGAAAGAGGGCGGGUGGGAUGAGGGCAAGGAAGAGAGAAUCCGAGAAGAGGACCAGAGGGGCUUCAGGAGCGCCCAUGGAGGCGUGCGGGGCACCCGCAACUCCGGCCUUGCUGGGAGCCGGUACGCCGUUCCGGACGCACUUGAUGGCAGCACAGAGGGCAGCUCCUUUCCGGACGGCGACCUUGUGUCCUUGCGUGGUAGAGCUCCGCGAGACCGUAGACCCCGCGGUGAGCGCGGUGGGCGGGUUGGCCAGCGAGGCGGCCACCAAAGCAAGGCGCAAGCUCCUGCCACCGGCUCGGUCCCAAAGCCCGAAGACUUCCCCACACUGCCUCAACCCAUCCCGAAGCAGCUCGAUACCACCAAAGUUGGUAACAAUAUCGAUGAAGAAAUUCCACUGUCUCCAGCGCCAGGCCGGUGGGCUGACGAGGUAGCGGCCGCGGACACAGUCUCAUAG